AUGGUUCCAGAUUAAUAUUAAUAAAGAAACCAAAAAAUACUUGAAAAUUAAAGUGAAACUAUAGAAAAUAAUAAUAGAUUAACUCUUGGCAUUUUUAAUAAUCCAAUAAAUAAUUCUUUAAGCAUCCCUGUGAAUAAUGUUUUAGGGAAAAACAGUGAAUAAUCAUCAUUUAAUAAAAAUAAUAAAAUUUAUAAUAGUGUUUUUGAUUUAUCAGCUCCAAAAGAUUUUAUUUAAAAUGCUUAAACAAAUAUAAAAUUAAAUUUAUCUCCUUCUAGAGUUAAAAAAAAUUAUUAAUGCUAAAAAUAAAAAGACUUUAUAUUAUAAGAUGUUGAUAAAAAACAAAUAAAAAAUGGAAAAAAACCUUAGUUAAAAUAACUUUAUCUUUAAGAAAAAGAUGGUGAUGACGAAAAAAAUAAAAAAGAUUAAGAUAAUAUAUAAAAUAAAAAAUAAGAAAACGAUGAUUUAAAUGAAAAUAAUGAAGAAGAAUAAGAAUAAGAAUAAGAAGAAGAAUAAGAAGAAAAAUAAGAAUAAGAAUAAGAAUAAGAAUAAGAAUAAGUAGAAGAAGUAGAAUAAGAAGAUGAUUAAGAUUAAGAUGAUGGUUAAGUUGAUGAUAAAGCAGAUGAUUAAGAUGAUGAUUAAGAUAAUGAUUAAGAUAAUGGUUAAGAUGAUGAUGAUUAAGAUGAUGAUUAAGUUGACGAUUAAAAAAGUUGA